AUGGCGUCGGCGUCGAUGGAGCAGGCAGCCAAUCCUACGGAUCCCGGCUACGAGCAUGACAAUCUCCACCAUGUGGUUAUCACAGCGACAUGCUUCGCGUUUGUGCUGUCCACUACUUCCGUGGCUCUGCGUCUGUGGGUGCGGAAGAUUACGAAUACAUCCCUUUUCCUCGACGAUUACUUGAUCCUUGGUGGCUUGUUCUUCCUGUACGGGAUCUCGAUUGCCGGAAUUGUGCUUCUAUACAAUGGCCUCGGGACACACAUCAUCUACGUCCCUCCAGACAAUCUAGUCGUCUACCUGAAGACCCUCACCUCCGGCGCCUUCCUCUACCCGCUCUGCAUCGCCUGCAUCAAGCUCUCCAUGCUCGCCCUCUACAAGCGCAUCUUCUCACGGGGCCCGAUGGUCCCCGCCGCCAACAUCGUCGGCUGCAUCGUGAUCGUAUGGUGUUUCGGGGUCUGCCUCAUCGGCGCCAUGAUCUGCAUCCCGUUCGAGAAGAUGUGGAACCCGAUGGUCGCGGGCGGAUGUAUCGAUCUUCCCAAGUUCUACUACGGUCUCCAGAUCCCGAACAUUGUCACUGACGCGGUGAUUAUCGUCAUGCCCAUGAAGCCGGUGGCGGACUUGCAGAUCUCGGCGGCGCGCAAGCUCGUGCUCGCGGGUAUCUUCGCCCUCGGUAUUGUAACGCUAAUCUUCGAUAUUGUCCGACUGAUCACCUUGAUUCAGCUGUCCCAGGCCGGGGACGAUAUCACCUAUAACCAGGUCCCGCCAAGUGUCUGGACGUGCAUAGAGCCGGCCAUCGGCAUCACCGCUGCAUGUCUCAUUAACAUGCGGCCACUGUUCACGCGCUAUGUGGCCAAGUUCAACUGGUGGACCCGGUUGCGGUCGUCGAAAUCGUCUUCGGCUGAGGGAGAUAAUAGGAACAAGCCGGGCACGCCUUGA